AUGUCACUCCAAGUUCGGAUCCCAAUCGGAUUGCGACCCGGAACCCUGCCAUUAUACUUCCUUCUCAAUCCAUUACGUAACAUAAUCCUCAGAUUUCCUCGAAUCCAAACCCUAAUUCCCCAAAUGGUUACUCAAUGCGGAGCCAGUAAGAGACCCACUUGUCCAUCAUGCUCCAAACCGACCCGUAUUUGCCUCUGUGUGCGGCUCAAGACUCCGAGGCUUGAUAACUCUGUAACCGUUACCAUUUUUCAACACAGCCUUGAGAAAAAGCACCCUCUUAAUUCCGCCAGAAUCGCAACUUUGGGGCUUAAAAAUGUCGACGUGAUUUCAGUUUCUGAUGUUAAUUUACAGGCUCGUUUCCUUAUUAGAUUACUUGACCCGAGUUAUAAAAUCGAUCGUGUCGAUUGGGAACAAAGCGGCCUUCUUUUGGGGCAAAUGCCAUGUCAAGGAGAGAGGGAUGAUUGUGUUGGAGCCUCAAUUUCCGGAAAUGGAGAAUUGGGGUUCGAUUUUGUUGAUUUUGAUGGUGUGAAAAUGCGUAAGAUUUGCGAGAACAAUGCAGUUUUCUCGCGAAAUUCGGACUUCAUGAUGAGUGGAAGCAUCCAUUCCAAGUUAGAAUCAGGUGUAAUGGACGAAGUGUUUGGUAAAGAAAAAGCAGCUUCUCGAGGUCCCAAUGAAACUUUAUUCGAAUUUACUAUUGAAAAGUAUGGAGCUAUUAGAUCCUUCUAUCAUUGUUCAAUGGACCCAAACAAACAACAAAAAAUGAAUCUUGAUGCUCUAUUGUCAUCUGAUGUGGCCAUUGGUGAUAUAAGAAAAGGGUUUGUUGUAAAAAGGCUUCUGAGAAAGCCAUUGGAUGUGAGCAAUGAGUACCAAGAAACUGAAGAAUUUGAAGCUGUAGUUCCUCCUGGAUCAGUGCUUCUGUUUCCGAGUGAAAACUCAGUUGGCAUUGAGGGGUUAGAUUUCGAGGUGAGGAAUUUGAUUGUGUUAGAUGGAACGUGGGCCAAGGCAAAGAGAGUGUACAGUGAGAACCCAUGGUUGAAACUUUUGCCACAUUUAAGGUUGGAUUUGGAUAAAUUGAGCUUGUAUAGUGAAGUGAGACAUCAGCCGAGGGCUGGAUAUUUGUCCACAAUCGAAAGCAUUGUAUAUGCAAUGAAGGCUUUAGGGGAAGAUUCUGAAGGAUUAGAUGGUCUCUUGCACGUGUUCGAAUCCAUGGUUGGCGAUCAGAGGCGAAGCAAGGAUGAAAGAUUGAACAAAGCCUCUGAAACACAGAGCAUCUCAUGA